GGCGUUGCUUGCUUCACACACUGCGUGUUGUGUUGAAGAUCAUGUGAGACUGUAGGAGCAGGGCUUGCUCUCUCGCUUCACCGGUUUACCGGCAAGAAAAAGGAAUGAGCGAGGAGAAAAGCCCGGAUAGCUGCAGGAGAAACUCUGGGUGCACCAGUGUUCUCAGCAUAGAGCAAAUGCUGGCUGUGAAUCCUGGGAAGACGCCCAUCAGUCUGCUGCAGGAGUAUGGAACGCGGAUAGGCAAGACACCGGUGUAUGACCUGCUGAAGGCCGAAGGUCAGGCCCACCAGCCCAACUUCACCUUCCGCGUGUCUGUAGGAGAGAUCAGCUGCACAGGCCAGGGCCCAAGCAAGAAGGCUGCCAAACAUAAGGCCGCUGAAGCAGCUCUCAAGAUGCUUAAAGGAGGGAUGCUGGAAGCAUUAAAGGGCAGCGUGAUGGAGGGAGAACACUUUGAUGACAUAGACAUCCCCAUUGAGGGAGACUGCUCCCAGUCAGAGAUAAAGUUAUCCAGUUCCAGCCAGCAAGCUGAGUGUAAUCCAGUUGGGGCUCUACAGGAACUAGUGGUGCAGAAAGGUUGGCGUUUACCAGAAUACACAGUCACGCAAGAGUCUGGGCCUGCACAUCGCAAAGAGUUCACCAUGACAUGCAAAGUAGAGAAAUUUGUAGAGAUUGGUAGCGGUACAUCAAAGAAGCUUGCCAAGAGGAACGCAGCAGCAAAGAUGCUUUCCCGGAUCCACGAUGUUCCUAUAGACAUGCGCAGCAGCCAUGAAGCUGAGGCAGAGGACGAUACCUUCAACAUGCACAUAGGUGGCAGGCUAGAGGGAGGAAAGUGUAAAGGGUUUGGAUGUACAUGGGACUCUUUGCGCAACUCAGCAGGAGAGAAGAUCCUGCAGCUGCGUAGUCACCCUCUGGGCCUCCCCAACUCCAACUUCUGUUCCCUGCUCAAUGACCUAUCUGAAGAACAGCGUUUUGAUGUCAGCUAUUUGGACAUAGAGGAACGCAGUCUCAGUGGCCUGUACCAGUGUCUUGUGGAAUUGUCCACUCAACCCAUCACUGUCUGUCAUGGCUUUGCUCCAAGUCAGGAUGCAGCACGGGCCAGUGCAGCACACAAUGCGCUUCAGUACCUCAAGAUCAUGGCCAGUGGAAAGUGAGGGUGGGCUUUUCCCUCGAAACAUGGGUUCAGAGUCGACAGUACUGUAACUUACAGUACGGUAAACUGGGGGCUUAUUGGAAGUUCUAGACACAUCAUCUUGUUGGCAAAUCAUUCCUAAUGCCCCAAAGACACUUGACUUUUUCCUCAUGAGCUAUAAUGAAAGAUGAACUGAUGAGGUCUUUUGUAUGCAAAAAUGGUUGAGGACUGGUUUUAUCUGAGGGCCUUGCUUUUAUACUACCUCCAUGUGAUGAAUUUCAUUUUUUUUGUUUUUUAAUUUUCCUGAAAUUUCUUCCCUUUAACUUGCAUUUUAAACUCACAAUUCCCUAAAUUAUUUUAAAGAUAACAAAUGUUUUUAACUUGACUUUUUAAACAGCUUAGGUAGUUUGCCUUGACAGAAUUUUUAACAAAAAGGACUGAAACUCACUGAUGCUAAUUUUCAGAUUCCAAGUAUACCUACCUCUAUCUAUAUAUAUAUAUAUAUAU